AUUGGUAACGCGAGAGAAAAAGAUGGUUUUGGAGUGGCACCGCAUAGCUUUCUCGGCUUCUCGCUCUCUUCACACUGUUUCUUCCUCUCCUCUAUGCUCUUGAAUGUGGAUUCAGCAAAUCGCUUGUCUUUGUCCGGGUCUUCACUCUGGGCAUGCUAAUUGCUGGGGCUGCUGUCUCUUGAGCGAUAAAAGACAGACGAGAACAUUUUCUUGCAGAUUCGAUUAGACUGUUGUUGCUGUCGGGUUUAUAUCUCUACUCCCGCGUUCAACUCCUAUUCUUAAGGCCUUGUUUGUCGAUAACAUGGUUUGAUUGGAUCCCGUGUCGUUAAUUUGUCCCAUUUGGAUGUCUUGAUCUCGGUUGAAUUGAAGGGUUUUUUUUUGGUUCUGUGAGGGUUGAGAUCUUUCAUAUCAGAUGGAGGAAGUAGCCAACCGCAGCCUCGACAUAAUCCGAUACUCCUCCCAUUACCAGCCCCUUGCGAGAUCCUCCCUUUCGUGGUUUGAUGUGAGGGUGUUCUACGUGAGGAUCAGCAAUCUCCAGGUCGAUGAUUCAACCCCAGAGUGGCUCACGGUUAAUCACAUUCCGCUGGAUCCCGACACCCUUUUGGAAGUUAAUGGUUCCAGGAGCGGCAUUUACUCCGAUGGAGUCGGGUUCCACCUCAGGCGGGACAGGGCGGACAAGAAAUCUGAGGAGGCUACAUUCGUCAGCACUGAUAAUAUAAGGCUCACAGGGAGUGUCAAGUUCGAGGUCCUAGAAAGGGAAGACCUUAUCCUCUCGGGGGUCCUGGAGGUGUGUAACACUAAUGGGUUCGUCGGGGACUCAAAGGAUAACGUGAAAAGGAAGUGGAGCAUGAUUUGUGAGCCGGGAAAGAGUUCAGAUUCUGGCUUUUCGAAGAAAACUGAGUCACUUCCAAUAAAUAUCGAGGUCUACAUUGCGGGUUGUUUUUCAGGAUCGCCAGUAAUCUUAACAAAGACCCUGCAGAUCAGUUCACGGAGGAAGCACACUCAGAGAAGAUUGUUGGAUGCAAUACCAGAAACUGAGACUGAGUGCCUUGACAAAGAUGAGUCCUCUGGCCUUGGGUUACAGGUCACUGAAUACCAGAGCAAGACCGAGGAUGAAGAAGACUAUAACUACAACUACAAUGACAUGUACUGGAGGAGGAUGGAGUACAUGGAUGGUGAAGACGGUGAGCUGUCAUGGUUCAAUGCCGGUGUCAGGGUGGGAGUGGGGAUCGGCCUCGGGAUAUGCGUGGGGAUAGGAGUAGGAGUCGGAUUACUGGUCCGGACUUACCGGGUGACUACCCGGAACUUCAGUAGACGGCUUGUCUGACCCCCUCACCUGUUCUACGUCAUCAUCAUAAAUGAGCAAACACUUAGCAGGAUCUCUCGAGAACGAAGAAUGCCAGUGAAGUUCCAGAACAGGUGCAGAUCUCUGACUCCCAAGAUUUUGGUGCAAUAGUAUAUAUGUGUGUGCUAACAUCUUGGAAAGUUCAAACAGUUAGUUAUGAAUGCACUCUAAUGGAACAGAUGAAGGUUGCUUGUCGAUGUAGGGGUUAUACAAAUACGAUCUUGUACGCAUUUCUUCCUCUCUCUUUUUUGUGGCCAACAUGUAGAUAAGUUUCUUGCUUUGGAUGUCUGGUUAAUUAUCUGUUAAAAGGAUCAGAGCCUCUAAUUGGCCUUCUUGAUGAUAAUGAUUUGGCAGCGCUGGUAAACCGUUACAUCA